GUUGACAAUAAAGCAGACUUUGACUUUGACUUUGAACUGCCUGCGUCACAAUUACGUGGGAGGUAAUAGCUGUAUUGUCACGUGACUGCCGUAAACAAUCGAGCCACCGAGCUUUGUCAACACCGACAGACUGUAAGAGGUUAUACGCGACGUCUUCAUCGCAAUCAAGUCUUCGCCUCUUGUGAACCAGCAUGUAUCCGUGUUCAAGUGACACUUUUGUGGCUCUUCCCCCCUCCACUGAAGGACAGCGCAUCAUUUUUGGAAAGAAUUCCGACAGGCCAUUUGAUGAAGUCCAAGAAGUGCUCUAUUUCCCAGCUGAAGACUAUGAGCCAGGGUCAAAGGUCGAGUGUACUUACAUGAAGAUCGAGCAAGUUGCCCACACAUACGCAAUUGUUCUGAGCAGACCAGCGUGGCUGUGGGGUGCAGAAAUGGGUGCAAAUGAGCACCAAGUUUGUAUUGGGAAUGAGGCUGUGUGGGGAAGAGAGAGUGCUGAUGGUGAGAAGGCUCUGCUUGGCAUGGAUCUUGUCAGGCUCGCACUUGAGAGAGCCGACACUGCUGAGAAAAGUGUGGACGUCAUAGCCGAGCUUUUGGAAAAAUAUGGCCAAGGAGGGUGUUGCAUAGAAGAACAAUGUGAUUUCACUUACCACAACAGCUUCCUGAUCUCGGACCGGAAGGAGGCUUGGCUGCUGGAGACCUCCGGCAGGUAUUGGGCUGCAGAAAGAGCGGAAGGUGGAUAUCACAAUAUCUCAAAUGAGUACAACAUCACAACCAAAAUUGACAGAGAACAUCCUGACCUGCGCAAGUAUGCACAAAGCAAAGGCUGGUGGGACGGAGAGGCUUUGUUCAACUUUGCUGCCAUCUACUCCAACAUGAACGCGGCCAGGAUUGAAGCACUUGGCAGUCAAUCCUGUGAAGGAAAGAAUCUGCUGCGAAAGAGCAACGGGCACAUCACCGCUCAGACGAUGAUGGACAUCCUGAGGGACAAAGACAGCGGCAUCAAUACGAAGGGCGUGUUCAUGACAACAGCCAGUAUGGUGUCGGUGGUACCUGUGGAUCCCACUCUGCCGGGGGUUCACUAUUUCACUGCCACUCCGGACCCUGAAAGGUCGGUGUUCAAACCCUUCGUCUUUGUGGAAAACAUGCGAGUGGAGCUAAAGGAGACCACUUCUCCCAGUUACGGCCCGGAAGACCCAGUGGAGAAGGAACCUCUCUUCCAAUGCAAGCCUGACAGAAAGCACAGCUUGUUCACCAAACACGAGGUGGCGGUGGCCAUCAUUGAAACGCACAAGGAGCGGGGAGAGCGGAUCACAUUUGCUAUGAGGAAGUUGGAAGGUGAGAGAAUGAAACAGAUGGAGGAGAUUCUUUAUCGCGGCGUCCAGCAGCCCGAAACUUUGCUGGAUUUGUUCCCUAGCGUUGUGAGGGACGAGAUGGAGCUCUACGGCAAAAUCUCCAAAGUCCAGUGAUCAAUAGAAAGCACAUCAAAGUGAUAUACUCCACACAGUAAUUGUCAGUAGCAUUAUCUGCAGAUUUAUUCAAAACAAUCCAUAAAUAAGCAGCACUGUACAAAACAGGGCUGUGGACUCGGUCAGAUUUUUGCACCGAGUCCGGCUGUCCAUUUUUUCUGUUAAUUCAUGUGACUGCUUAGUCUUUAUUCAAAGCUAAUUUAGAUCAAAACUAAUUACAACAGUUUUGUGAUGGCUUUGUCUUUAUUAAACAUAUAAACGAAUACAAUAAACAGAUACUUUCAAGUUUUAAUCAUUAAUUACACCAUUAUAGCUCAAACAUUUAUCUAAACACAAAUAAUUAGUGACGACCCCUUAUUUGGAAAGCGAAAAACCCAUGUCGUACGGCGUCAGCACUAUGUUGUUUUCAAUAAAAACAUGAACUCACGUUUGCGUCAGUCAAUUUUAAUUUUUAUAAAGGAUUAUUCUCAUUUGAUGCCCUCCGUGUUCUGCCAUUGAAGCGGGGUGCAUUCAAAGACCAGUCGUACAGACGGAACACUCAUUCACUUCACCAAAACGCAACAAUAUAAUUACGUGAGCUCUUUGCAUAAACCUUGAUGCAAAGAAACUCCUCUUUUUGGGUACAGGCUACAAAGAAUAUAUAUUACAAAGGAGACUUUGUACUUAAUUGUGAUCAUCAUUCAUCCAUCCAUCCAUUUUAUUACUCGGGUAUUUUCAAAGCAAGUUAAUAUUGUUGCAUUUAUUAAUUUGCUUUAACAUGACAGCGCAAUAUAAUUAAAAGCUGACACGAUAGCAAUGUCAAACGUGUUCAUUUAAGAAAAAGCCACACACGUUUUGUGAUCAAAUCUUUCAUAACGAGAAUGAUUUGAGUGAAUUGAUUUUACAAUUUUUAUCCCCCCAUCCCCACCAUCUGGCACUUUGCUUGGGACAAAAGGAGCUUUCAGAACUGAAAUUUCGUCUCAAUUAUUCAUUCAAAUCAAUUCACUCAAAUCAUUCUCGUUAUGAAAGAUUUGAUCACAAAACCUUUCCGUCUGUACGACUGGUUUUUGAAUGCACCCCGCUUCAAUGGCAGAACGCGGAUGAAUUUAAAGACAUCAAAUGAGAAUAAUCCUUUAUAAAAAUUAAAAUUGACCGACGCAAACGUGAGUUCAUGUUUUUAUUGAAAACAACACAGUGCUGACGCCGUACGACAUCGGUUUUUCGCUAUAAUUCGGUAUAAUUCGACGUAGUCCACACUCAUCCAAAGUUAAGGUUUCAUGGGAAUAUUAUUGUCAUAAUUGUCUGGACCAUAUAUGAUAAUUGUUUAAUGGUAGUUAUUGACAGAUCUUGAAGAUGUCAAGUUAUAGGUGCAUAUAGCACGUUCAUUGUUACAGGGGAAGAGAUGUUGUGUAUUUUGGGCUAACAAAUUCAGUAGUAGAAAAAAACCCGAAGUGGGAUGGGCGCAUUCUGUGUUGUUGUGGUACGCCCUGUGAACGCACUGACAGUAAGGAAUAAAGCAGUUAUCAUUCA